AUGGCUCAAAAUUAUCCUAAUACCAACAAACAUUCAAGAUCUUUAUAUGCUACCUCUAUCUCACAUCCGACAACGAUAUCACUUGUCUCACAAUUGACAUCUCCGUUAAUCGAUAUAGGAGCGAAUUUAGGUCAUAGAUCAUUCAAUAACGAUCUUAAACCUGUGCUUAAACGAGCUAGUGACUGUAAACUGUCUGACGUCAUUAUCACCGGUACGAGUGUCCGUGCCAGCCGUCAAAACAUUGAAUUAUGUAAAACAUAUGAGCAACAACAACAAGAUGUUAAAUUACAUUGCACAGUGGGAAUACAUCCUCACGAGGCAACUCGUCACUCAUUGUUCAAUUAUCGUCAGCAGUUAGUCGAAUUAUUAGAUAAAAAAGAUAACUACGUCGUCGCUAUAGGAGAAUGUGGAUUAGAUUUCGACAGAAAUUUCAGUAAAGAACAUGAUCAGUUGAAAGUAUUUGAAAAUCAUUUAGAAUUAGCCGUAGAAUAUAAUUUACCUCUGUUUAUGCAUGAACGUCAAGCAAGUACUCAAAUGAUUAAUUUACUUGAAAAAUAUUCUAAUCACAAAAACUUCCGUGGUGUUAUUCAUUGUUUUACUACAUCGUCAACUGAUGCACUCAACAAAUAUUUGAAUAUGAAUUUGUAUAUUGGAAUAACAGGAUGGAUUUGUGACGAACGACGAGGAAAAGAUUUACAACAAAUUGUACACAAUAUACCGUUAGAUAAAUUAUUAAUCGAAACAGAUGCACCUUUUCUAUUACCGCGAACAAUGCCAAAACCGUGGCCACAAAUUAAUGAGCCUAGUAAUUUAGUUUAUGUUGCUGAUAAGAUUGCCAAAUGUUAUAAUAUGUCAAUAGAUGAAAUAGGAAAACAUUCAUCAGAAAACACAAAACGAUUAUUUCAAAUUUAA